AUGUUGAUCCGAAUUGUACCAUUAAACUAUCUUAUUCUUUUAAUCACACAUUUAUUAAAGAUGAUCCCACCGAUAUUGACUUCAUCUACUCCUUAUCAUCUUCUUUCCUAUGCUUCUGUCACAGGUUUGACACUUUGGCAUUCAUUUAUUGGUGGUCCUGUAGCAUUUAAAGUUUUGCCUCGUCAACAAUUUGGUCUUUUGCAAAGUAAACUUUUCCCAGUUUAUUUUCUCUCACAAAGUGUUCUCAAUGGAAUUUGUCUGUUGACAACAUCAAAUCGAAAGUCUCGUCAAAUUUUCUUGAUUGGUGUUGUUGGAGGUUUAUUGAAUUUAAUCGUUGUUGGACCAUGGACAUCAAAAGUUAUGCAAGAAAGACAUAAAGUUGAAAGAGAAGAAGGUAAAGCAUAUAAUGAAACUGGUAUUAGUGAUCGAAUGAAAGCUUUGAACAAACAAUUCGGCAUAGCACAUGCUUGUAGUUCAUUAAUCAACAUGGUUAUUGUUGUUUCGCUUCUUAGUUAUCCAUUUAUUUCAACUCUAAUUGUUGGUUAA